AUGAAUAGCCGACGCCGUAGCAACGCAAGUGUUGACUCCAACGAGUUCUCCUACCAACCUGGCCCAUCAUCGCACACUCCCAUGAGGCCCUUCACCACUGGAGCAGCCACUGGAGAGGCACACGUCAAGCUGACUCCCAUAACGAGAAAGAUUAGCAAGGCGAAGAAAGGUGUUCCGGUUCAUACAUGCAACCAGUGCCCCAAGACCUUCUCUAGAGCAGAGCACUUGAGACGUCAUCAGCUCAGUCACUCAGCUCCCGAUUUAUUCUGUCCAGUCGAAAACUGCAAUAAGACUUUCCAUCGCAAGGACCUCCUCGACCGUCAUGUCCAAAGACAAAAUCCUCGAGCAGUAGCUGCAAAUAGCAGCUCGAAUGUAGUUGGUUCAUGGCCACCAGUGGCAUCGACAUCCGCUCCUCAUCAGGCCUACAAUCCGCCGCCAACCGUGAACAAUUCCUCAGAUAAUUACUCCAUCGGGCCAAACAACUAUGUUCUCCAUACACUACCGACGAACGAAAGCUUUGUAACAAACUAUUCGGAACCAAGAAAUAUAUCAGACAUGUCUAUGAUAUCAUCAAUCCCUGAGGAUGCACCCCCGGAUCUAGGCUGGCCUGAAAGCUCAAUGUCUUCAUCAGCUCCCACAAGCACAUUCUCGACUCCCCCAGAUAACACAAGGCGCUCGCAAUUCUCUGUGCCAACAACUAACGGGGCUUGGAUGACCGCGACUCCAGCUUACCCAACAACUGCAAAUGACAUCACUGCCAGUCUGGACAACAACACGUACCCUGGCUCGUAUCCAUAUACCAACACUCCACCGCAAGCAUAUCCCUCUGUCUUUGGCGAUAUGGAUCUUGCAUUACCUGGAUACUCCGAAGGCACUCCUUUCAGCACUACCAAUCAGAUCCCUAUUCCUGCAGUUCGUAGCAUGUCCCCUUCAUUAGCCGUUGCUCAUUCUGAGAAUUUAGUAGCUGUCUCAUCGCUACCAACAUCAGAUGGGGUUUUCGGGUUGGGGGGAUGUAGCUCUGGGCCUUCAGAUGGCAGCCUAUUGAGUACUCCUGACCUGAUGCCCCUAUCUCUCCCUGCAGCGACGAGGGACUCAAUUCCGGCAUACUUGGAAACCUAUUGGGAGCAUGUCCACCCUAAGAACCCUAUCAUACAUAAGCACACUUACGAGGAUGUACCCGAGGAGGAGACAGAGCAUAUACAAGUCCUACAAUGCGCUAUGGCUGCUCUGGCAACACAAUACAUCCCUAACGCAGACGAUCGCAUGAAGGGAGCCCAGCUUCAUGCAUACGCCUGGCAAAAGUCAAAAGUGCUGAAAAGUGGUCAAUGCCCGUACAGCAAACAAUUGCACUUUGCGAGUAUUACGCUCGGUUUCGUGGUAGAAAGCCACACUCACAUCAGCCCUCUGCUCGGUUCACUGCACUUUACCAUAGGGUUGUUAAUCAUCACCAUGAACCUUCUUCUCGCUCUUCAACCAGAGAUUAUUCGGCUUGGAAAAUUUGGGUUGUCGCAGAAACUCAACGACGACUGCUGGCUGCCUGCUUCCUCCUGGAUGUCCACAGUUCACGAUAUCAUCAACGGCCCAACAACAACAAAAUCCUGGGAAGCACAUGACCCUCAAACAUGGACAAGACUACGGACAAGAAAGGACCCGAAAACCAUCUCGAGCACGAACAUGAGGAUGCUCUCUGCCACUGAUAUAGCCUCUCUUCCUGCCUUUGACGCGGCAAUCUUACUUGCUGCAUGCUCAUUAUUCAUUCCACGUCGUCAGAACCUAGCACACGUUGGCCUGGUGGAGGGUGCACUGGACUUUGAGUCGGAGAGAAUGCUUUUGUUAAGAGCAUUUCCUGAGUCGGCAGUUGCUAGUACCUACCUGGCUCUUCACUACACACCCCUUUACUACCUAUUAUCAGUAUCCGGGCAGAGCUGGGUGUUCAACAAGAAGGUGACGGACUUUAAUGUCUUUACGGAACACCAGAGAUCACUAGGCAAAUGGUGUAAAUCUGGUACAGCUGCAAUCGCCACUGUCUUUGCUGCCCGUGCUUUGAAGAUCUUCCUUAACCUCAAAGCUUCAAUCGACCAGGGACAAGACACGAAAGGAAAACCUAACCAGCAACGAACAAUACCUCGGACAGAUAUUUCGGACUACUGGGGUGUUUACGUUUGCUCGUUGGUCUGUUGGGCCUUCGGUAUUGAGGAUAAACAGGAAAAGGACAAUACCAACAUUCCGCCAAAAGCUGCAAAGCGGUGGGUAUUGACAGUUGCAGAUUUAGAGCCAUCCGAGUUGCAAGCUCAGAAUCAUCGUAAUGGGGCUCAAGAGGUUGUAAGUCUUGUGAAGGAGGUGCUGGAAAGCGAUUGUCUGGGCGGAGGAAACAUUCUUUUUGCAGAUGCCGUGAACGUUCUAAAACAACUAGAGAGAGGGGCACCUGGGAGGUCGUGCCCAGCUGUUUGA